AUGACCAGUCCAAAAUUCAGAGAGGAGAUGGAGGAGUUUUUAUUCUCCAAUGGCUACCAGCUGGGCAAGACCAUUGGAGAGGGGACGUACUCAAAAGUGAAAGAGGCCUUCUCAAAAAAGCACCAGCAGAAAGUGGCAGUUAAAAUUAUUGAUAAGAUGGGGGGCCCGGAAGAAUUUAUCCAGAGAUUCCUGCCUCGAGAGCUCCAGAUCGUCAGGCGCUUGGAUCACAAGAACAUCAUCCGGGUGUAUGAGAUGCUGGAGUCUGCGGAUGGGAAAAUCUACUUGGUGAUGGAGCUGGCAGAAGACGGGGAUGUUUUUGACUGCGUUCUGCAGGGAGGUCCUUUGCCCGAGAGCCGCGCCAAGGUGCUCUUCCACCAGCUGGUAGACGCGAUCCGUUACUGCCACAGUUGUGGCGUGGCACAUCGAGACCUAAAGUGUGAGAAUGCCUUGCUGCAAGGCUUUAAUUUGAAGCUGACUGACUUUGGAUUCGCAAAAUUGCUCCCAAAGAAUCGUAAGGAGCUGAGUCAAACGUUCUGCGGCAGCACUGCCUACGCUGCACCCGAGGUGCUCCAGGGCGUGCCCCACGACAGCCGGAAAGGGGACAUCUGGAGCAUGGGUGUUAUUCUGUACGUUAUGCUGUGCGCUAGCCUCCCCUUUGAUGACACCGACAUCCCCAAGAUGCUGUGCCACCAGCAGAAAGGGGUCUCCAUUCCUGGGCACCUGGAGAUCUCAGACGAAUGCCAGGAUCUCCUGAAAAGCCUCUUGGAACCAGACAUGAUCCUGAGACCUUCCAUUGAAGAAGUUGGUUGGCACUCAUGGCUGGCAAACUCCUGAUAAAGACCAUGUCACGCUCUCCCCAAAUAAAGGGGACAGAUUGCUUCCAAAAUGCUUACAUAUAUUUUAAUGUUAUGCUUGGUUUCCAGUCUAUCCUUCCAUCCCACCUCUUCUCCUCCUCCCAGUGCCUUAUGCAGAGGAUGGCUGGCCUGCAGGGGAGGAUUGGGGGGUUGUUCCAUUUCACACCUUCAUCAGGGACUUUACUCAUUCAAACAAACCACAUGGUUUGAAGAAACAUAACAGUGUUUGUGCUGUUUCCUUUGUAGCUAGGCACCUCAGUGAAGUGGGGAAACCUGGGAUAGUGUCUGGCCACCUUCCCAAGACAUCUCUAGUGAUGGCACCUCCACAGAACACCCCAACUGAGAGGAGAGAGCAAGCAGAGAAGUUGGCUCCUCCAUGCUGGGGGUGGGGGAAACAUGGAAAGUUACAGUAGGGUUAUGGAGCAACAAGGGGAAAUCAGUGUGGAAAAAAUAUCUGCUCAACAUCUUAGUCAUCUAUAUACAAAUGAAAGGAGUAAGGGGAAUCAACAGGAGGAACUGGAAGCUAAAUUAUCACUUAAUUUCCAUCACAGAGACAAGGGGGGAGAAGUGUCAUGACUGGAAUAAUGGUACAGAA